AUGGAUGACUGGCAAAUUCCAUUACAACCUACACUACCACCUCCUACACCAUCGCAACAGCAACAGCAAAGAAUGUCGAUGAAUACUAUUGGCCCCAUGCAUAGUUAUCAUUCAAUGCGUACAAGACCUUCACCAUAUCCAAUGAAUGAAGUCAAACAGCCUUAUUCAUAUCAACAGACAUCGAUGCCAAUGAAAGCGAAUACGAAUUCCAAUGUCUAUACUCCUCUUUCUUAUCCACCCAAUCACAUGGAACAAAUUCCACAUCAACAACGUUUAAUCACAGCUAAAUCGACAUCCGGUCCCAUAGCAACAUAUAAUGCUGGUCAACAACAAAUGCAUGCCGCACGCGCACGUUCAAUGCCGUACCCUUCACCUACAAUGUAUACUCAUUCCCCUGCUUCUGUAUAUCAAUGCAAUAAUACGUCACAUAUGAAUUAUCCAAAUCAACCACCUCUUCCGCCCCCACCACCACCCCUACAGCAGCAACCGCAACAACAAAUAUACUAUCAAAAUUAUUAUCCACAAGCUCAGCCCAUCUCUCAUCAAGCAAAUUCCAAUUCAAAUAAACAUGAGCCAAUGAAGAAUAAGAUCAAACCAAAUGCUGAUGACUUCUUCUCUUCACCGUCGACAUCUUACCAUCCAUCAGUUUGUUCGAAUUCUUACGUCUCGGCGCAACAGUUACCACCACAGCCACCAUCAUUAUCGUCAUCUAUAUCACAAGAGUAUCCAACAUUUCCGAAUCAAUUUCAAAUCUUUCCUAGUCCACCAAGUAAUCCAAGCACUCCUUACCAAGGUGAAUUUAAUGCCAAUGCAGAUUUCGGCGUGCCGUACCAUCAAGGACAACCAAGUUCAGUGAAUUCGUUGACAGAUGCACUGUGUCCAAGUGGAGAUACAGCUGAUCGACAAUUGACACCGGGACCGCCGAGUGUCGGUACUCCGCGUGUUGCUCAUCCUCAAUAUUCAUUUCCACAGACACCUUCAACACCUACUACAUCGAGACUACCCAAUGAACAAAAUAUUGAUGAAUUAACUGCAUUUCUACAAGAUCCAGCAAAUCUUUAUCUAACUGAUGACAUUACAUCUACCCUCUUUGACGACAUUGAAGUGUUGGCUGAUACCUAUUUAGGUGGAAGAGGUAACAAUGAUCAUCAAUCUAAUAAUGACAGUAGUUUAGACUAUGAUAUUAUUUUAAAUUAUCUUUGUUCGGAUGAUCUGAUCAAUUUCACUCCCCAACGAGCGGCAUGCAAAAUGUUCCUUAUUUUCGCACUUGCUUUCAUCAGUUCUGCAGUGUCCCAACAACCGCGUCCAUGUCGAACACCACCGCAAUGGGAAUCAUAUGUUUUCGAUACGAACGAUCAACAAAAAUCAACAGUCUACGGUCGAUUGAGUUAUGAUGCUACGAAUCAUCGGGAACGAAUUCUCGAAGAAGUUAUCGUCGGGCAUCGAAAUGCCUCAUACGAUCGGAUUGCCUUGUACGAUACAAAAAUAGAAUAUAUCUACGAUUUAAAUGCUCGUAACUGUACACGUUGUCCGUUAACUCGGCCAUGGCAUGGUUUCAGUAUCCGACCGGAUCCUCAAUCGUACGGCGAAGCUUACGUAGGUACUGGUGUGAUACCCGAGCUGGGUGUUCUGGUUUCACUAUGGAGUGGAAACUAUACGUCACCGUCCAACGAUACUGUUCGAGAUCAUAACUACGGACGAUCACAAAUCACAUUUCUAGACAUCACGCCAAACAUUAGCGACCCAAAUGUAUUUGUGCCGAGAAAGGAAUGUCUAACCGAGGAAGAGUAUUCAUUACGGGAUAUUCUUUUCGGUGAAUUCGGUUAA